AUAAAAAAAAAAUUAUAAUCUAUUAUCAAUAUAAAAUAUCGCUUUUUUAAAGUGCAUAUUGAAAAAUCUUGAUCUAAGUUUUAAUAAGUAACACAUCAGCAUCAUGCUACUAAAUUAUUAUAACAGUAUGCAUUAAAAUCUUACAUCAGUACAUUCUCACACACAUUUUACAAAAUCGAUGCGAGAAAAAAAAAACCAUCUUAAUUCGAAAAUUUUCUCACAAUUCAAAAAGAAAUAAAAAAGGCCCAUUUAAAAAUUUAUUUUUUAUAAUUUCUUCUAUAUAAAAUUUCUGUUUUUUUGUAAAAUGUCUGAUCAAUUCAUUAAUUCUGAAAUGUUGUGGUGGAAUCUACUUGUUGAAGAAGAAACUUCUCCAGCAGUAAAUUUAUUUCUACCUCAAUAUUUUCUAGUUUCUUCUCCUCCACUUGUGAACGAAAUGCCAGGAGAUUAUCUUGAACAAUCUUUUACACCUUUCCCCGGAACCACUUCCACUGAACUCGAUAUUCCAAAUAGUGCAAGUCCAUCUCCUCCUGCUUCAAGCAACGGCAGUACGACUUCAACUGAAACAUCCAAUAGUCAAUCGGGUCGAAGAUCGCGUCGUAGAUCCUCACUCGACGAAGCAGCUCGAAUUGCCAGACGGAGAGAAAGAAAUAGAUUGGCUGCUAGAAGAUCUCGCAAUAGAUCUCGUAACUACUAUAAUCAGCUCGAGCAACGAGUGGUGGAAUUGGAAGAUGAGAUAACAAGGUUGAGAAGUAUUUUAGGUCAUGAGAGAAAUGAAGAUUAAAUCUAAAUGAAAUUAUUAUUAAAUUUGGCAAGUUUUAGUUUUUUCAUUUUUUCAUAUUUAAAAAAAAUCUGAUCAUUGAUUGGUUGGCAAUUAUAACGUAAU